GCGGCCGGGGCGGCCACGUCAUCGUCGGGCUCCGCUCGCCCGCCGGGCUGUGGAUGGUGGGAGUGAAGAUGGCGGCGGCCGCAGCAGCCAGUAUUCGAGAGAGACAAACAGUGGCUUUGAAGCGUAUGUUGAAUUUCAACGUGCCUCAUGUUAAAAACAGCACCGGAGAACCAGUAUGGAAGGUGCUCAUUUAUGAUAGAUUUGGCCAAGAUAUCAUCUCUCCUCUGCUGUCUGUGAAGGAGCUAAGAGACAUGGGAAUCACUCUGCAUUUGCUUCUGCACUCUGAUCGAGAUCCUAUUCCAGAUGUUCCUGCAGUGUACUUUGUAAUGCCAAGUGAAGAAAAUAUUGACAGGAUGUGCCAGGAUCUUCGAAAUCAACUCUAUGAAUCAUAUUAUUUAAAUUUUAUUUCUGCUAUUUCAAGAAGUAAACUGGAAGAUAUUGCAAAUGCAGCAUUAGCAGCUAGUGCAGUAGCACAAGUAGCCAAGGUUUUUGAUCAGUAUCUCAAUUUCAUUACUUUGGAAGAUGAUAUGUUUGUAUUAUGUAAUCAAAAUAAGGAGCUUGUUUCAUAUCGUGCCAUUAACAGGCCAGAUAUAACAGACACAGAAAUGGAAACUGUUAUGGACACAAUUGUUGACAGCCUCUUCUGCUUUUUUGUUACACUGGGUGCCGUUCCUAUAAUCAGAUGUUCAAGAGGAACAGCAGCAGAAAUGGUAGCAGUGAAACUAGAUAAGAAACUUCGGGAAAAUCUAAGAGAUGCAAGAAACAGUCUUUUUACAGGUGACACUCUUGGAGCGGGCCAAUUCAGCUUCCAAAGGCCUUUAUUAGUCCUUGUUGACAGAAACAUAGAUUUGGCAACUCCUUUACACCAUACUUGGACAUAUCAAGCCUUGGUGCAUGAUGUACUGGAUUUCCACUUAAACAGAGUUAAUUUGGAAGAAUCUUCAGGAGUGGAAAACUCUCCAGCUGGUGCUAGACCAAAGAGAAAAAACAAAAAGUCUUAUGAUUUAACUCCAGUUGAUAAAUUUUGGCAGAAACAUAAAGGAAGUCCAUUCCCAGAAGUUGCAGAAUCAGUUCAGCAAGAACUAGAAUCUUACAGAGCACAGGAAGAUGAGGUUAAACGACUUAAAAGCAUCAUGGGACUAGAAGGGGAAGAUGAAGGAGCCAUAAGUAUGCUUUCUGACAAUACUGCUAAGCUAACGUCAGCUGUUAGUUCUUUGCCAGAACUCCUUGAAAAAAAAAGACUUAUUGAUCUCCAUACAAAUGUUGCAACUGCUGUUUUAGAACAUAUAAAGGCAAGGAAACUAGAUGUAUAUUUUGAAUAUGAAGAAAAAAUAAUGAGCAAAACUACUCUGGAUAAAUCUCUUCUAGAUAUAAUAUCAGACCCUGAUGCAGGAACUCCAGAAGAUAAAAUGAGGCUGUUUCUUAUCUAUUAUAUAAGCGCACAGCAAGCACCUUCUGAGGCUGAUUUGGAGCAAUACAAAAAAGCUUUAACUGAUGCAGGAUGCAAUCUUAAUCCUUUACAAUAUAUCAAACAGUGGAAGGCUUUUGCUAAGAUGGCCUCAGCUCCUGCCAGCUAUGGCAAUACUACCACUAAAUCAAUGGGUCUUUUAUCACGAGUCAUGAAUACAGGAUCACAAUUUGUGAUGGAAGGAGUGAAGAACCUGGUAUUGAAACAGCAAAAUCUACCUGUUACUCGUAUUUUAGACAAUCUCAUGGAGAUGAAGUCAAAUCCUGAAACUGAUGACUAUAGAUAUUUUGAUCCAAAAAUGCUGCGGGGCAAUGACAGCUCAGUUCCAAGGAACAAAAAUCCAUUCCAAGAGGCAAUUGUUUUUGUGGUAGGAGGAGGCAACUACAUUGAAUAUCAAAAUCUUGUUGACUACAUAAAGGGGAAACAAGGUAAACACAUUUUAUAUGGCUGCAGUGAACUUUUUAAUGCUACACAGUUCAUAAAACAGCUGUCACAACUUGGACAAAAAUGACACAGAAGGACCUUAAUAUGAGAAUCUGCUUGGAACUUGGAUAAAUGUAAAAAGAAAAAUCAAAAGACCCCCAUGUUUCCUUCUCCAUAUCAAUGUCCUAACAGUGAAACUUAGAGUUAUUUGUUAAUUUUUAAAGAAAUUCUAUACUUAAUAUAAUGUGUACUGAUUAAAAGAAUAAAACAUUUCAGAAAUAAAUUUUUAACAUUGUA